UGGGGGGAGGGCGCCGUGGAGCGCCUGGAAGUCUAAGUCUUUCCCCCUUAAGUCUAAGGGAAUGAGCAGGCGUCUUACUCCUCGGGCUUCCUCCUGCCCGGCCUCUUCCACUGUUGUUGCAGGCGAAGUUCUUCACUGCUGUCCAGGGGGAACUGAACCAUUGCAACGGCAUGGGCGCUCUGGAGAUGCACCAGCGCCUGGAGCAGCUGAAGCGGGGGAUCCAGCGCGUACACCUCUACUCCCGGGAUGCCAAGAAGAAGAAGAGAAGGAAGCUGAAACCAAAGAAACCAGAACCCAUCCUUCUGCGGGACCAGUCGACCUCCCCGUGCCUGCCACCAACCCUGCCACCACCUCUACCGCUGCCACCAUCACCACCUACCACCACCAAGGCCUCCCUGCUGGCCCCAUCACUCCCUGUCUACACCAUGCCCAGGGUCUUUGGCCCCUUCCCUCCGCUGCCCAGCAACUCGAUGGAGAAUUUGGAUACUUCAGGGUCUGAAGUGAAAUUAAACUGGAAUGGACUGUCAUCAAACCCCAAGAGAUGCAUGGUUGACCUGACGCCCUUGGUCCUCAACCCUGGAGGCUUCCAUUUCUCGUACUUGGCUGGAAACAGUGCACACAAACUCCCUGGUUUCCCCUGGAACUCGGCGUGCAGUCCCUCCUCCAACACUGAUGAGACUCCAGCCUCUGCUGCGAAGGCCUCCGUCUUCUCCCCACCUGUCCUACUGAAAUUCCAUCCUGUGCCCAGACCCAAAGAUGACUCAGAGAACGAUCCUGGAAGCACAGAGUCUGUGACCCAAAAGAGGAGCCCAUAGCCUCUUCCCUACAUACC